AUGCCUCCUCACAAGAAGGCGGUCAUUGACCCUGCUGGUCUCCUUGGGAUUUGUGACACUCUGCACGGCAUUCAGCGUACCUUGCGCCAUAGCAACGACCUGGUUAAGGCCCUGCACCCUCACAACCCAACCAUCGUCGACUGCCACGAAUAUGAGAGCAGUGAGAGCAAGCCUGAAUCUGAGGCUUACCCUGGCGAGGACGACGGUGACUCUGACCUUGAGUGUGCCCUUGGUGGUGGUGCUGCGGAGGAUGAGGACACUCUCCUUGACGACGAUGAUAAGGUUGUUGAGCUCGCGGCUGGCGAAGCUGACGGUGCCGUGUGA